CGAACGAAACACACAAUUUGCCGCAAAGACGGACAGCGGAAUUGCCGAUUGGAGGGGUAUUAAGGGUCUUUGGGAUCGGAUGCGGUCUGGUCCCGCUUCUGUCGCCGUGUCUGUGGCUUCGUCGGCAAAAUGAGCCCGGAUGAACAGGACAGAGCAACUCGGCGAAGAGGAAUGGGGAAUAGAGGAUGGAUGGGAGGAGUGCAACGGGGUAGAUGGAUCGAAGGGAGUCGAGUCUAUCGUCUCUUCACGUCCCUCCUUCGGCUUCUGCUGCUUCUUCUUCUUCUUCGUCUUCUCCGAUUGUCUAUACGCACGAUGACGGUGACAGAGGGAGAGAGCAAGGGAGUGGAAGAGCCGCCACUUCAGAAGCCGGCUGACCGUCGUCACUGUGGCAACGACCUGGGUCUGCGAGAAGGAACGGGAGUGGAAGAGUGGGGAGGGGGGAGGGGGGCACGAUGGAAAGGGGAAAAGCGAAGGAGCGAUGAUCUCUCUCAAGCAGUUCGUGUCGCUCGACUCUGUCGAUCACGGCCCUGUCUUUUUAGAUACCUCUGCUCUGCUUCUUCUUCUCCCCCCUCCGUUCUCGGAGGUCUCUUCUGGUUUGACCAGGUAGAGGAAACCUAUCGCCACGCAGAGAACACUGCCAAACUUCAAAGGUUCUUACAAUAAAAAGGAAAAUCCAAAUCUCCCGUGCAGCAAAAACAAGUGGAUGAUGAUGAUGGGAAGAAGCGCGGCAGGAG